GUCUUAUCCACGAUCAAUCAUGUCUCCCAAAACUGCUACCCAUCGCUCUUCUCGUCGUGACGCUCGUCGUCGCAGCCUCUCGACUUCAUCUACGUCGUCUAUUACUGUCUCCUCUGAUGACGAGAACACCUUCACGGUCGCCAUCAUCGAUGAGAAGGAGAACUUAGACCCUAACAAUGGCAAGAAUGUGGCAGUCCCGAACAAGUCCAAGCGCUCCAAGCGAGCACGCUCCUCCAGCUCAUCCACGCCUUCGAAGAAAUCGUCCUCCCCCCAGACCGUCAAGGACGCCGCAUGUCGCCGCACGAAGAGAGCCCUCUCUUCGCGCAAGGCCCCGUCAGCGGAAGCCAUCGAAGGUGAUAUGCCUGUUCCGGUUUUGAUGGACGCCACGGAGGCCUACACUGGGUUCGCCUACAGCGGCGCCCACUUCGAACUUCCUCCCGUCUUCGCUGUCAACACGGUGCACACCAUCGGCGAUCUGUUCUUCGACUCCUUUGCGUAAGCCCUUACAGGCCCUUCGUCACUUUUUCUCUUCUCUCCUGUGACGUCGAAGCAUCCAUACCAUGAUACCAUUUCUUUUUUCCGUAUUCACAUUCUAUCCCCAUUCCAUCAUCACCCUUCUUACGUCGCCUGCAUUUUUUUUUCUACUGCACGCCGCCUCCCCCCUUCCCAUUAUGCCAAGGUUUGUCUCAUCGUCGUCCUGCUGUAUUAUUAAAUUUCUUUUUUGGAUGGAUCAUCAUUCAAUCUCCUUUAUAUUCUUUCAUCUUCUUUAUCUCUUUUUAUCUCUUUUAUAUCCUUUCCUACAGUACCUCUCGUAUACUCCGAUACCACUGCAUAUCGUUUCGAUUACGAGUAGUUCUCUGCCUCCCCCUUCUCCUUCUUAGGCUCUUGGUUUCCCAGUGACGAUCAUCAUCGCUAUGCGUCCCGUCUCUGCAUCCCUUCGAGUCAUCGCUGCGUUCUCUCAUCGGGGCUCAGUACUUUUAUCUCUUUUUUCUUCUCUACACUACAUCCUUCGUGUCGCCUGUGUUGGUUGUCUCGUCC